AUGUGUGAUUCUGAUUCCGAUUCCGUUUCAUGGCAAUCCGACGAACAAAUCAAGAAUCUAAUCAACUCAAACAAAACGACCCGAAGAGAAAUCGUCGUGUUGCCAUGUAGAUACCACUGUGUUAAAUACCAUGAAACCUUUUUCACAAAUGUUGCAUUUGAACAACAUAAGAAGAACAAGUUUGAUUGUGGUUUGGGUUUGGUGAGUCGACCAGGAUCCAGUUGUGAUUCAUUGAGACCGUUAAAGAUGAAUUUGUUGGAUAUGGAAGCUGCACUUCCUGAUAGAGCUAAAACAGGAUCUAGGGCAAGUUCUGGAUGGAGAAUGCAAGUGGUUGAAGCAACAAUGGUAUUGGAAAUCAUGAUCAAGAAAUAUUAUAUCAACAACACAUGGUGGUGGUACUGGUCUUCAAUGGCGGCUGCCACCAAGACAUCCACCACCUCUGCCCUUGCUCUUCGUAUCUAA